ACAAUUUGAAGAAGAUCCUUCAGAAAGUGGUUGACUAUUACAGUGAGGUUUUAGCUCAGGACAUUUCUUACUUCCCUUUGCCGGACAUGUCACUAGUAGCAGAGCACUCUGAGCCAGAGGAGAUGGGAAGGUUGCUGCAGCUCAUACUGGGCUGUGCUGUCAGAUGUGAGCAACAACAAGAAUACAUUCAGAUAAUCAUGACCAUGGAGGAGUCUGUGCAGCAUGUUGUUAUGAAAGCCAUCCAGGAGCUCAUGAAAAAAGAUAAUGCAACAACAUUAGGAACCGAGCUGUCAGGGGAUCCAGAGCAGCAGGUGAAGAAGCUCCUGGAGGACCUUUCUGAACUCAUGUCAGAAAAGGAAGCCUUGGCUCAACGCUGUCAAGAGCUGGAUUUACAGGUGGCCGUUCUUCUAGAGGAAAGAAACAGCCUCUUGGCUGAGAACGAUGUCCUAACGGACCGCACCAGCCAGCUAGACACGUUUGAUGACCCGAGCACACCAUCGGGAAGGAAACACAGUCAGCUGCAGCAGCAACUGGAGAGUCUGCAGGAGGAGAAUUUCAGACUGGAGGCUGCCAAGGAUGACUACCGGAUCCACUGUGAGGAGCUGGAGAAGCAGCUGAUUGAGCUUCAGCAUCGUAAUGAUGAGCUUACCAGCCUGGCAGAGGAAUCACGGGCUCUGAAAGAUGAACUGGAUGUUUUGAGGAACUGCUCAGACAGAGUGGUGAUGCUGGAAGCAUCGGUGGAAACAUACAAGCGGAAGCUGGAGAAUCUUGGCGAUCUGAAGAGGCAGAUGAAGCUUUUGGAGGAGAAUAACAUGACCUACAUGCAGAACAGCGUCACUCUGGAGGAGGAGCUACGCAAAGCAAAUGCUGCCCGCGCACAGCUGGAGUCAUACAAAAGACAGGUUCAGGACCUCCACAGUAAGCUUUCUGAGGAAACCAGGCGAGCAGACAACAUGGCGUUUGAGAUGAAAAAGCUGGAAGAAAAGCAUGAAACUGUGUUAAAAGAAAAGGAGCGGAUCAUUAUUGAGCGAGAUUCUCUGAAGGAAAUCAACGAGGAGCUGCGAUGUGCUCAGGUUCAACAGCACCAGCUCUCACAGCCAGGGAUCCUUCCCUCUGGCAGCCCCAGCCAUGAAAACCUUGCAGCUGAGUUGAUUCCCAUUGAAAUCAGAGAGAAGUUCUUCAGACUUCAGCAUGAGAACAAGAUGUUGCGGGUGCAGCAGGAGGAAUAUGAACAGGAGAGGAUCGCCACCCUGCAGGUUCAGCUGAGAGAAGCUGAGAAGACUCACAGUAAACUGGACACAGAGAACAGACUGAGCCGGGAGCGAAUCAGUGAGCUGCAGCAGCAGGUGGAGGACCUCCAGAGGGCGCUGCAGAGUCAGGCUGCCAAACCAGAUGAUUCAAACCUGAAGAGGAAACUGGACGCCCACAUGUCCCAGCUCAACGAGGCUCAAGAUGAAAUCAUGAAGAAGAAGGAGCUUCUGGAGGAUCUCCAGCCUGACAACACUCAGACAUCUUUGAGGGUGGAUGAGCUGAUGGCAGCCCUGAAGAAGAAGGAUGACGACAUGCGGGCCAUGGAAGAGAGGUACAAGAUGUAUCUGGAGAAGGCUCGCAAUGUAAUACGAGCUUUGGACCCCAAGCUGAAUCCUGCCACUGCUGAGAUCCAGGCUCUUAGAAACCAAGUGGCAGAUCGGGACAAGCAGAUCCUCAACCUCGAACGUCUAUGUGAGCAGGCCAGGCUGAAGGAGGUCGAGGAGAAGCUCAUUGUUACAGCUUGGUAUAACAAGAGUUUGGGCUUUCAGAAGUUGGCCAUGGAAUCCCGCCUCGGAGGCCGCGCUGCCUCCAUGUUCUCCCCUGGCCAGUCCUUUCUGACGCAGCAGAGGCAAGUCUCAAACGCCCCGCGCAGGGAUUCCUCCAUCAGCGCUCCCACCACUACCUCCAAGUAGACUGUGUCACAUCAGUUAAACAAGGCAAAAACACGCAUUAUGAGCACCCAAGUGACCUUAAACACAUCUGCUGUCUGCCUUUGAGGUGGAUCGCACUGCGUGGGAUCAGUGAGCACUGAUCAGACGGGUACCUGUCUAAGGUAGAAGCAGUGAGGUUAUACCCUGCCGUGCUUCAGCCUGAAGGACUUCACCCCAGACUCCACCUCACAAGCCAAAGCCAGAUGUAGAUUUUCUAUCACUGUCUACAUGUUUGGAACAAAGUACUUUUAGAAAUGAAGUCUAUUAUAGUUUUAGUUUUGCUUUAGAGUGACAUUUAAGUUGCGAAGCCAAUCAGAUUUUAUGUGUAAAUACUUAAGAAAUGCACCAUAACGCUGCACACGCAAUCCAGCAGAAUAAAUAAUCUUAAAUCCAGCCAUAUCUGGUGCGGGCCACCAAGGACUUCUAAGCAUUUAGCAACAAGCGCUGCCAGUUUGUUUUCUUUUUCCUUAAAAUUGAAGACUCAUUCACAUCAAUGACAAAAUAAAAAAAAAAUGAAUGAAAUCAGAAUAGUCAUUUUUCUCCAUCUGCUUUAAACUGGAGCUGAGAGGCUCUUUUUGUUUGCUGUAUAUCCUGAUUCUUAUGUGUAAUAGUUAUUAAUAGAAAAAUGAAUGAUUCAACACCAGCUUUUAAAAACAACAAUCACAAACAGAAAGGUUUUAAUAAUUGUAGUCAAAGUUUUAUCUAAGAAUGUUGAUUAUUUUUAAAUAAAGUUAGACAUUCACACUAAAGCUUAUUAAUCUACCACCUGGCUGUUCAAUAUAAACAGGAAACAUUAGUGUAUUUAUGUGUUUUUUUUUUCAUGUUCAAUGUGAUUUUAUUGUGACUUUUUGUGAUGGGCCAUCGUAACAUAGAGCUUUAUUGUUAAUUAAAAAGAGAAAUUAUUUCUAACUUUUAAAUUUUUACAACAUCUGUAAGGUAUAGACUGCAAAUGCUUCCAUUCCUGCCGAACCAUCGGUGGGAUUUCCAUCUGGUUGUGGUCGUUUCUAGGUUGAACGCUCUAAGGCGUGAACCCAAACCAUUUAAUCACUGCUCUGAAUGUAGGUUUAGGUUUACUUUCCUGCUAAAAGGAAAACCUGGUCCUCAGUCUGAAGUCCUUCUCUGCCAGGAUCGCCCUACGUUUAGCAGCAUUUAAACCUGCAGGUAAAUGUAACCCCACAGCAUGGUGCUGCCACCACUACUUUGUAACGUUGAUGGUGAGUUGUACGCCAAACAUGGGGUUUUACAGGCUAACACCACCUCUAUCAUGCAUAAAGGACUGAUAGCGAGGCUGGAUUCUAUUUGGGGUUAUGGGUAAAGCAGUGAAUAAAUGCUUUCCCCACUUUUUUAAGCUUAUUUUGUAUGUGUGCUAAUACUUCCGCUUUAUAUUAAUGCUUUAUUUUAUGUUGCUCCUUUCACAAAAAGUCCUGAGUAAAAUGUUUGUGGAUUUAAUAAAGUGAAUGAAAGCUUCUACAAGUCAUUGCAAGCUGUUCAGGUUUGGCGUGUUCUUGCCUUUUCACUCUAUAUGCUGUGAGCUGCGCCUCAGAGAUCUGCUGUAAUAUGACCACAUGAUUUAGAGAUCUAUGUCUCCUGAUCCUCUUUAUUUUUCUUGAAAAUUGCUGAUUAUAAAAAUAAAACAAGGUACAAUCAAGGGUAGAACAACAGCCUGCAUUAUGCUAAAUGUUUGUUUGUAAUUUAUUAAAUAAAUGUUUAAUGGAAUUCAGAAAUUGGAAGUUUUUGUUCUCUAAAUAAAUUUG